AUUUUAUCUGAAGAAGUUUGGGGGGGGGAGAUCGUUUUCUUGGUUUUCUUGCCCGCUGGACUCCGAACUGCAAUCCCGAGACAACAGGACAAGUUCGGUCAAGUAUCGCCUCACGACCCUCCGCAUCGAUUCGGGACUGCGCCUCGAUCUGCUGCACGUCACAAGUUCAUGAGUCUUAUGGAAGCUUAAUUGAAGAUGUUUUGAUGCCGUGUUGCUUCGAUAAUUAUUCUCGAUAUAGAUGCUUGUCUUUGCCCCCUUUUGCUGUAUCAUAACGUAGUUUGCAUCUCUUGACCGCUAUCGAUAUGGACGACUAUCUAUUCCGCUGGCAUCUUGACCAAUGCAAAUCUGUCGAGGAGAAAACGACUUAUUUGGAGAUCUUCAACUAUUCGGAUCCGGCUUAUAAUAGUUGCGAGGACCAUUCUUUACUAACAGAGGAUGACUUUGAAAACUUCCUUCGGCAAACUGGCACAUUCUCUCCCCAACCGCUUAAAGAGGGAGUGAAAUUACAAGAUGGAAUCCGUCUGAUAAUUCAAAAAGAUGCCAACCACGCCAAUACAUUUGCGCCUGAUUAUAUAUCUUUACAGCGAUCUACUUAUGAAUCUAUGGUUAGGACAUGGCGUCUUCCAUUCCGAGCUAUCGAGGGUAGCAGUAUUGUUGGGCCCUUUUUCUGGUGCUCUCAUGAUCAAGAUAGAGACGAUCGCCAUCUACAAAUUAUCUUCCGGAAAUCUGACGUGCGUAAGAAAGGCAAGACUCGAGGAUGGGAGAUCAUGCUCUCAUAUUCAUACAAGACGCGUAUAACUUCGGGAUUUGUUAAAGGGACUGAGUCGUCAGAUAUUGUGAAGUCGCUGAAGCACUUAAGCGCCUGCCGAGCUGAAGUCGGCCACCCACUUCUUCUUCCAAUCAUCAUUCUCUCUCACGAUCUUUCAUCCAAGGGUGACAAAAGACAACGCGAUGCACGGGAUUGGCUACGUCGCCUUGAGAAUGCCAUCACUAUGCGAAAUGAGAUUGACCUAGCGGAAGUAUAUUCCGAAUUUGAUGUGGAUGGCAUCAAUCGGGAUCUUGUUGAAUGCCAUUCCCAGGUCCUCUGGAAACGGCCGCAAGCAUACCAAGAGAUCAUCAAAGAAAUCAAGGAGGCAAUGCGGAAGUUUAUGGAGUAUGAGCCGGAUGGGGGCCAAACAUAUGAGACCCGCGCUUUGAACGAUAGUAUGCUAGCUAGACUGGAUUUCUACCGAGUGAAACUCACGGGUAUGGAACAUUACAUACAUACGACGUUGGAGAGGUUACACAUACAACGACAAGCCUUGUAUAACAUCAUGGCUCAGAAGGAAUCCAAACUUAACCUCGAAAUAGCCUCGCAACAGAGGAGAGUAGCACAUGCUACUAAGCGAGACGGCACCGCUAUGAAGACACUGUCUCUUCUUGGUGCUGUGUUCCUCCCUGGGACGUUUAUGGCUUCCGUCUUCAGCAUGACUUUCUUUGAUUUCAAAGUCGGGCCGGAUAGCGAUGGCUCCUCGGGGAGCUCCGAGGUUUCGAGUGAAUUAUGGGUGUACUUCGCCGUCACAGUACCGUUGACGUUCUUGAUCGUGCUAGUUUGGUGGAUUAUAGAUCACAGGCGCGAGAGGAAGUAUGCCGAAGAGGACAUUGAAAUCGAGAAAGGCAUCGACACCAUGGAAAAGGAUAUCUUGGCCAUCAUGCGCAAGAAGACUAUAAAUAAGGCCUCUACAUGGAACUCUUCCGGUACACCUGCGGCGACGGCGUUGGCGAAAAGAGAAAAGCUUCUGGCGUUGAAAUCACACGACCAGGCCCUCGAAUUGAUUUGAUAGGCGCUUGAGAUUUAGUACAGUCGAAGCCAAGGAUGACCCACGCUAAUUUUCCGGUUCAUUGAUCCGGAAACAAGGCCGGCGUUGUUGAUUUUUGAACAUUCACUUUUUGCCGAUAGACCUGACGACGCCACGGUUUUACGACUGUUCACGAAAGUAUAUAUC